AUCCACACCAUCACCAGCUGAUCUCUGCAUGAGAUUUAGGGAUUGAGUUCGGAAGAAACUAGCUAGCAAAAGUUUCUCCUUUUCUUCAUUCUUGUGGUUGCCAAAGUCGAAAAGGAGAGCAUGGUUAUCAGUCACCAUACUUUGGCAUUUACAUUUGGCAUGCUAGGUAAUUUGAUUUCAUUCUUGGUAUUCUUGGCUCCAGUGCCAACAUUUUACCGGAUAUACAAGAAGAAAUCGACGGAAAGUUUUCAGUCACUGCCUUAUUUGGUGGCAUUAUUCAGUUCAAUGCUUUGGUUGUACUAUGCGAUGCUCAAAAGAGAUGCUGUUCUUCUCAUUACCAUUAACUCAUUCGGAUGUGUUAUAGAGAUCAUCUACAUCGUCUUGUACAUCACCUAUGCAACCAGGGAUGCUAGGAACUUAACUAUUAAGCUAUUUUCGGCGAUGAACAUGAGUUCCUUUGCUUUGAUACUCUUAGUCACACACUUUGCGGUGCAUGGUCCCCUUCGUGUCCAAGUCCUCGGAUGGAUUUGCGUUUCGAUUUCAGUUAGUGUCUUUGCAGCUCCACUAAGCAUUGUGGCACAAGUAGUUCGCACAAAGAGUGUAGAGUUUAUGCCUUUCAAUUUGUCAUUCACCCUCACAUUGAGUGCCAUAAUGUGGUUUGGUUAUGGCCUCUUUCUCAAGGACAUAUGCAUUGCUCUCCCAAACGUGCUUGGUUUUGUGCUGGGGUUACUUCAAAUGCUGCUCUACACAAUUUACAGAAAAGGAAAUAAGAAGACAAAAACAAACGAUAAGAGUCCAGUAGAGCCACUGAAAAGCAUUGCUGUAGUGAACCCGUUGGGAACUGGAGAAGUGUUUCCUGUGGAGGAAGAUGAACAAGCUGCAAAAAAGAGCCAAGGAGAUGGAGAUGAUAAAAAGGGCCAAGACUGCCUAGUCUAAUUAAUUAUGAGGAUCGGAUCAUCACUAUCUACGUACUUUUAUUCCAUUAAGUUGUAGUUAAUUACCUGCAUGUACUAGCGAUUCUAAAAUUAUGCGUGUACGUGAGUUAUUGCUUAGGUAAAUUAUGUCAUUGACGAGUGAGAUUAAGAAUGAAAACGAAUCCAGUCGUGCUAUAUAUUUAAAAUUUAGGUUUGGUUUGUCAAAAAAUGGAUUUGCUCAAGUUUCACUUAUCUAUUCAAACUUGUCUAACUGAAAACUUGAGCCUGGC